AUGGAUUCUAACGUGAUUACGUCAUUAACUUUCAAAACAUCAAAAGGGAGAACCUCUCCAAAAUUUGGAUACGGAACUUCUGAUUCAGUUGAAUUUGUCCUCGAGAGCAAAGGUUGUGCUAUUGUCGGAUUUUAUGGAUGGUAUAAGACUGGGUCUGGGUAUACUACGGCUCUUGGUGCAUAUUAUUAUCCGAUGCCUCUACCUCCUUCUUCGGAAAAGCUAGAAGCACAAGGUGGUGCUGGAGGAGCUCCUUGGGAUGAUGGCAGUAAUUUCGAAGGUGUUAGAAAGAUAUACAUUGGGACAGGUGAGAUUGGUAUCGUUUCCAUCAAGUUUUUGUACGAAAAUGACAUUCAUGAGAUAAUAGUGGGAGAUCAUCAUGGGAACAAGAACCUACUUCGACAUGAAGAGUUUGACCUGGACUAUCCGAGCGAAUACCUCACAUCAGUAGAAGGUAGCUAUGAUGUAGUACCUGGAAGUGAAGAAGAUGAAGUUAUGAUCAUGCUCAAGUUCACAACAAACAUGCGAACAUCUCCGUGUUAUGGACUCGAUGAUGACCCAAGCUUCGUGCUCCACAAGGAAGGUCACAAGAUCGUUGGGUUCCAUGGAAAAUCAAGUACCAUGCUUCAUAAACUUGGGAUCCACGUGCUCCCCAUCACCCACUCAUGA